GAGCUUCGGCCCUGGACCUCUCACGACCUCUCUCAGGAGUCCGCUUCAAACGGAUCGCGCACGAACUCAAGGCCCCCAGAUCGCCAUGGUGAUUGGCAACAUCUACAUUAUCGCCGCCGUCUCCGUUGUCGGCGGCGGCCUCUUCGGCUUCGACAUCUCGUCGCUGUCCGCCCAGCUCGGCGAGCAGUCUUACAAAUGUUACUUCAACCAGGGCCCCGAUGGCCCGCCCUUCAACGACAAGCCGUACUGCAGCGGGCCGACGGCGAGCAACCAGGGCGGCAUCACUUCGUCCAUGGCUGCCGGCUCCUGGCUCGGCGCCAUCAUCUCGGGGCCCAUCUCUGAUCGCAUGGGCCGCAAGUAUUCCAUCAUGCUAGGCUGCAUCAUCUGGAUGAUUGGCUCCGCUAUCAUUUGCGCUUCUCAAAACAUCGGCAUGCUCGUCGCCGGCCGCAUCAUCAACGGCAUCUGCGUCGGUAUUGAGUCCGCCCAGGUCCCCGUCUACAUCGCCGAGAUCUCGCCUCCCUCCAAGCGCGGCCGCCUCAUCGGCAUGCAGCAAUGGGCCAUUACCUGGGGUAUCCUCAUCAUGUACUACAUCUCGUACGGCUGUUCCUACAUCGGCGAGCAGACGGCGGAUGGCUACAAGACCUCUUCAUUCCGGAUUCCCUGGGGUCUCCAGAUGAUCCCCGCCGUAUUCCUGUUCUUCAUGAUGAUGCUGCUGCCCGAGUCGCCCCGCUGGCUCGCCCGCAAGGACCGCUGGGAGGAUUGCCGCCAGGUCUUGACUCUAGUUCACGGCAAGGGCGACCCCAACCAUCCCUUCGUCGCCUUUGAGCUUCAGGACAUCAAGGACAUGUGCGAGUUUGAGCGCCGCCACUCCAACGUCACCUACCUCGACCUCUUUAAGCCGGCCAUGAUUAACCGCACGUUCAUCGGGCUCUUCACUCAGAUCUGGUCCCAGCUGACGGGCAUGAACGUCAUGAUGUAUUACAUAGCCAACGUCUUCUCCAUGGCCGGCUACAGCGGCAACUCGGGCCUUCUCUCCUCGUCCAUCACCUACGUCGUCAAUGUCCUCAUGACCAUUCCCGCUCUCCUAUGGGUUGACCGCUGGGGCCGUCGCCCGACGCUCAUGGUUGGCUCUAUACUCAUGGCGAUCUGGAUGUUCGCGGCCGGCGGUAUCCUCGCCUCCAAGGGCGUCGUCGUCGAGGGCGGCAUCGACGGCGUAGCCGCGCAGUCGAUGAGGGUCACGGGAGGUGCUGCCAAGGGCCUCAUCGCCGUCACUUACCUCUUUGUCGCCUCGUUCGCUCCAACGUGGGGCCCCGUCUCGUGGACGUACCCGCCGGAGCUAUACCCCCUGCGUCUCCGCGGCAAGGGCUGCGCCCUUGCCACCUCGGCCAACUGGGCCUUCAACACGGCGCUUGGCGAGUUCGUGCCCCCGGCCUUUGCCAACAUCAAGUGGAGGACUUACAUGAUCUUUGGCGUCUUCAACAUUGCCGCCUUCUUCCACGUCCUCUUCAUCUUCCCCGAGACGGCCGGCAAGACGCUCGAGGAGACGGAGGCCAUGUUCGAGGACCCCAACGGCUUCAAAUACCUGGGCACCCCGGCCUGGAAGACAAGCGUCGUCACCGCAUCGACGUCGCGCGUCGAGCACGGCGACCUCGAGGGCGCCAAGAAGGCCGUCGACAAGAUGGACCGCCACGAGGACGAGAAGCCCGCGGCCGACACCGCCUGAGCGCACGCCAGCAAGGCUCGCCGCGGACCGUCAGUGCCAAGCACACCGCAUUAAUGAUGUAUGUCCAUAUACCAUGGUGUUAUCUACCGUUGGAGGGGGUCGCUGCUAUCGUAUUGAGGGUUAGUCAGUCAUCAAUUGAUACCACUUUGCUGCGUGCUGCGAGUUGUCAGAAAGUGACGCGUCACAAUGCAUAUAGCGUGAGACGUGAGACGUGAUGAGUCGGCAUAUGAGCAGUGUCGCCUGCCAAAAUCUAGUGGGUGUACAGAACGUCGAACGUGGACCGUGUUUGCCGGCGGUCCACGCUGAACAGACGACGACUUACACGCAGGUGGAGGCACCGCCGAGCUGGGAUCUGACCCCGUGCGGGGGUGGAGAGCCGAUCCAAGCGGGGCGGGUGGCUGCGCGCUAGGACGCUAGGCACGUACCCUUGCCAAAUAGAAGCGGCAACUGAGAAGGGGGUGUCAGAUCAGGGUCAGGGUCAGUCAGGGUCAGUCAGGUCGGUGUGCGGGCAGACGGGGGCGGGCGCUUGGCUCAGCCUGCCUGCCCGCCAGCCGCCCGCGCCUCGUGACAGCGGCGGCCCAGAGACACGCGCUCUGACUACGUACCUGUGUCGCGGCCGGCUCUCUCACGGAGAGGGGGG